CCUCCUCCCGCUCCCCUCUUUUAUCAUCCUGGCUGGCUGGGCGCUGCGCUGGCGAGUUGACUCCUUCCCUCCCCCCCGCCCCGCGGCCCCCCUCCCCCCGCCCGCGCCGUGAGCACCGGCGGCGCGGAGGCGAGAGCCCACUUGCGAGGCGGCAGAAGCAGCAUAAGGCAGCGCGGCGGCGGCGGCAGCGGCGGCGGCGGCAGCGGCAGCAGCAGCACCCGAGCGGCGGCGGCGGCGGGAGCGGCGGCGGCGGGAGCGGCGGCGGGGACACGGCGCGGCGGGAGCGGCGAAGCGGCUGAGCGGGGCAGAGCGGAGCGCAGCGCGGCGGGGACGGAGAGGAGGAACAAAUAAAGAAUCAUAAUAAUAAUAAUUAAUAAUAAUAACAAUAAUAAUAAUAAUAAAAAAAAGGCGAGGAGAGGAGGAGGAGGAGAAAAAAACCAAACAGCCAGCCCCCCCACCCCCGAGCCCAAAAGAGGGAGAGAGAGAGAGAAAGAGAGCAGCGCCCGGGCGGAGCGGCGGAGAGGAAGAAUUAAAGCGAGCGAAGGAGGGAGGAGAGACAGAGCAGAGAGAGAGAGAGGAGGAAAGAGGAGGAAAAAAAAAAAAAAAGCCCACAAAAACAAAGCGAUCGCAGUUGAUGUUGCUGCUGCAAGCUGGACUUCCAAAAACUACGGCGAGACCGUCCGCUCUCCGCGCCGAGAAAAGUCUCCUCAGCUGUGCGUGUUUUUUUCCGCUGUGUGUGUAAUCUUUAACCUUUUAUUCAUUCUUAUUUUGAUGGCUUUCCUGAAUGGCUGACUGCGAGCUUCCCUGGACCUGGCCCCCAGACACCCGCCUCUCCUCCUUCAACUACUCUGCUGCAGAUCAGCUCUAAGAGAGAGAGAGGGAGAUCUUUGAAGAGAUUUUUUUUUUUUCCUCCUCUCUCUCUCUCUCUCUCCCUCCCUCUCUCCCCCACCCCCACCACCCCUUUACUUUGCUCUCCUGGAGCCCAGACAAUCGACUCGCAACUCACCCCCCCGCACACACACCUCCAUCGCCCCGUGCUUCUGCACCUUCGCCGGUACCGGGAGAUCCCCCCCACCCCGACCCUCCUGAAAAAAAAAAAAAAAAAAAAAAAACAAGGCAAAACAACAAAAGAGAGAGGGGGGAAGAGAGAGAGAGGGGAGGAGGAGGAAAAAAAAAAAAGACUGCUGCAAAGCUGAUCUGAAAAGCAAAGCAAACAAACUUUGAAAAUAAAGGGGGAACAGGAAGUUUGGCAACGGUGUCCAAUAGAUAUGGCAAUGGUAGUCGGUGCGUGGCGAGACCCCCAGGACGAUGUGCCCGGAGCUCAGGGAACGCAGCCUUCGCAAGCCCCGCCGGUGCAGGGACCUCCGGCCGGGGCCCCGCACACCCCACAGACCCCGGGGCCCGGGGGCCCUCCCAGUACGCCAGCCCAGACCAACCCGCCAAGCCAGCAGAACCAAGGAGACAAACAGCAGCAGCAGCAGCACAUUGAAUGUGUGGUUUGUGGGGACAAGUCUAGUGGCAAACAUUAUGGCCAGUUUACCUGCGAGGGUUGCAAGAGUUUCUUCAAGCGGAGUGUAAGGAGGAAUCUCAGCUACACUUGUCGUGCCAACAGGAACUGUCCCAUUGACCAGCACCACCGCAAUCAGUGUCAGUACUGCCGCCUCAAAAAAUGCCUCAAAGUUGGCAUGAGACGGGAAGCGGUCCAGAGGGGCAGAAUGCCACCCACACAGCCAACUCAUGGUCAGUUCGCCUUGACAAACGGGGACCCUCUCAACUGCCAUUCCUACCUAUCCGGAUAUAUCUCCCUUCUUCUGAGAGCAGAGCCCUACCCCACCUCCCGCUUUGGCAGUCAGUGCAUGCAACCCAACAACAUCAUGGGCAUCGAGAACAUUUGUGAACUGGCAGCUAGGAUGCUCUUCAGCGCGGUGGAGUGGGCCAGGAAUAUCCCCUUCUUCCCAGACCUCCAGAUCACAGACCAGGUGGCCCUCCUGAGGCUGACCUGGAGCGAGUUGUUUGUCCUCAACGCUGCCCAGUGCUCCAUGCCCCUCCACGUAGCUCCGCUCCUGGCAGCUGCUGGCCUCCACGCUUCGCCAAUGUCUGCUGACCGAGUGGUCGCCUUUAUGGACCACAUACGAAUCUUCCAAGAGCAAGUAGAAAAACUGAAAGCAUUGCAUGUCGACUCUGCAGAAUAUAGCUGUUUAAAGGCCAUAGUCCUCUUCACCUCAGAUGCCUGUGGUCUCUCUGAUGUAGCCCAUGUUGAAAGUUUACAGGAGAAGUCACAGUGUGCUUUGGAAGAGUAUGUUAGGAGCCAGUAUCCCAACCAGCCUACACGAUUCGGGAAGCUAUUACUACGUCUCCCCUCCCUUCGCACUGUCUCCUCUUCUGUCAUAGAGCAAUUGUUUUUCGUCCGUUUGGUAGGUAAAACCCCCAUAGAAACCCUAAUCAGGGAUAUGUUACUGUCUGGCAGCAGUUUUAACUGGCCUUAUAUGUCCAUUCAAUAAAAUAUUCGAGAGAGAAAAAAAAAAUUUAAAAAAAAUUUAAAAUUGAGAAGGGAGAUGAAAGAGAGUGAAAGGAAAGCAAAUGACAUUUGGGUUCUGGUUGUUUCUUAAAUUUCCUUCUGCUAAGAAAGGAUGUAAAAGGAUGUUACAAGUUUGCUAAGAGAAGACAGGAAAAAAUUAAUGGACUGUGAAUUUAAAAAGAGACUGUCAAAUGAACUUUUACAGAAUGCAUUAAAAACUCCCGUGUCGUUCAGAAAAAAAAACUUGCUACUUAUCAUUUUUUGUAAAAAAUAAAAAAAGAGAGAAAGAAAAAAGAAAGAAAGAAAAAAGAGAAAGAAGAAGAAAAGAAAUGAUGGUCGGCUUUUUCUUUUUUUCUUUUUUCUUCUUUUUUUUCUUUUUUUUGGGGUAAACUUUUUAAAAAAUCUCGCUUAAAGUGCAUUUAAAGGAAAUUUGGAGAAAAUUAGCAGAACGGAAGAAAGUAAGUCUUUUUUUUCCAAAUUAUUAAUUGUCCUAUGUGUCUAUGUACCUAUAGCUGUUCUUUUUUGUAUUUUUCUGGUUUCAAACCAGUUUAUUCUGUGGUUCUAUAAUAAUUUUUGAUAUAACCUUGGCUUCUUUAAAAAAAAAAACUGUGUAUCCUUAAAAUAUAUGUUCUGAAAGAAUUAAAACUGAGUCCACGAAAGUAUCAUAGGAAGAAAGGAAAAGAGAAAAAAAAAAACCUCAACAACACAAUGAUGGAAGCGCACUUAAGGUGGUGACCCAAAAUCUAGCUUGAAGCUGAGAGCUAUAAUUAUAGACCCGAAUGAACCACACGUGUCAUAUAACUACCCCCAAAUCUAGGGUUUUUGAUAUUUCGGACAGAAAAUGAACUGUGGGGAUUUAUUAUAGGUAGAAGGAAUUCGUGUCCAAGACACACUACAGUUUUGAUUUAAAAAACAAACAAACAAGCAAAGUGAACUUUUGUAAUUUGAAUUGGGUUCCACAUAGUUCAUCAUGAAUUGUUAUUAAACUCCUCUAUCUGUUUGUAUAUUUGCAAGCCCUUUGUAUUAUAAUAAUUGUUGAUAUUUUCCCUUUUUAAAAAAUACCAUUGAAAUCAGCAUGACAAAAUAACACUGUUGGCACUUAUAGAUAACGUGAUUGAUUCAGUAUCUUAGAGUUUACAGUUUUGUGUUUAAAAAAACUGAAGGUUUUUUUUUUAAGUGCAACAUUUCUGUAUACUGUAAAAGUUAUAAUAACUGAACUGUUUGGUCGAGUCUUUGUGUGUUAUAUUCCAAGGAAAAUUGAAAGUAUUCAGAAAUUAAAAUAUUAUUUGAUAUCUGAAACUUGUUUGGCUGUCAUAAAUGUCUUUCAGAAACCACAUUACUUCUCUAUAGUUUGCAGUCAUUUAAGUCCAUAGGCGAUUGAUUUGUUUACUUGUCACAGUAAGUUUGUAGCAGAUGUAUUGUAGUGUAUUUACCUGUUUAAUUCCGGGAUGGGGGCGGAGGACUUAAGUUCGUGGUUUAUCUCUGGUUUUAGGAAGUACUAUGCUGAAAUGGUAAACCAUCAACCCCCAUUCAUCUAAUCCUCCUGUUAAUUAAAAAUGGAUUUUCUGGAAAAAAAAGGCCCUUAUUUUUGUCACACUUAAGUGCCUGCGUAGGAAAGGUAUUGUUGUGAAAAAGUAUUAGAAAUCUGGAGAUCAGUAUCUAUUUUAUGAUCAGAAUGGGGCGAAAAAUCUUUUGUAAAUGUCUGACAUACGCGCACAAGAUCAUUCAAGCAAGGUAAUAGCAGUAUUGUAAAUAUAGGUCAGUUGUUUGCAAUGAGUUUUCUUUAAGUAUGUGUGAUUUUUUAUAAUACUCCGUAGUUGCCAUCUAUCGUUGUCAUUGAGAGGUCUUCAAAUGGAGUGGCUUUAGCUUCUAGCACUGAGGAGUUGGUUUUUAAUGUAUAUAUACUCUCAAGUGGAUUUUUUUUACCUUAGACUGUGAAAGCAUGACCACAGGUCAUCUCUAUAUUUUACAUAUGGGAUAUAUGUCUGUAUGUAUACUUGCAUACAUACAUGCGUAGGCGUACAUGCAUCUUUCCUGUGUAGCUACAGGGCCCUCUCUUGCAGUCCUCGCACAGGCACAGCUCCCACUGAUGCGGUGAGGACCUGCCUGGGCGAGUGGCAUAGGAUCGGACACACCAUUUGUGAAUUUAGUGCUAUCCCGAGCAGGUGAAAAAACCCCAAACCUGAAGGAAGGCAAGAUGAUGUGGUUUUGCAAGGGGUUGAUAUUUUGGGUUGUGUGCGUGCGUGUCUCUUUUUUUUUUUUUUCUUUUCUUUUUUCUCUCUCUCUCUGUCUCCCCCCACCCGCCCUCCCCUUGGUCUAUAGCAGAUGCUUUGUAUGUGAAAGCUUGCAAUUUUGUUCUUGUCUGAGGCUUCCCCCUCUCCCUUUUUACCACACGUAACUACACCAUGUUGUGGUUUCACAAAAAGAGAGGGAGGGAGAGAGAUCAUUCUGUAAAGUCGAUUAAACCCUGAUCUUUAGUGUGUUCCAGUUAGACACAUCUGUACUGGGGGCAGAGGGGCGUAUGACUGUGAAUUUGAGCAGAGUUUUACAUCUGAAUCAUGGCUCCUUUUCUAUAAAUAUAUAAAUAUAUAUAAAUAUAUAAAUAUACUAUUAUUGCAGGGGAUUGCUGACCUCUAGAUUUAGCUUUUUCUAUUGCAAGUGCUAUCCAUGUGAGUGUGUGUGUGUGAAGUUUUUAUGCUUACUAAGAACACAGGAUCUUGACUUGUUUGUUUUGUGUUAGUUUAUUGUAAACAACCAUUUGUUGUAAAUUGUUAUUGGCAUUAAAUUAUAAUUUAUGAUUUUCAAAUCCAAAA